CAGCGCUACACAUCACUAGCUAUUGUUAUUGCAAAUAAAAAAUUCGCUUAUUUGCCAAAAUUUGGAAAAGUUUAAAUAAAACAAGUAAAAUACACAACAAUUAUUCAGACAACGGUAGACAGUACUUUUUUGCAGAGUACAACUGUUCAAGCAUAAAACAAGAAAUAAACCUCGCCCGCGUUAAUUAAAUAGCAACAACAAUAACAACAACAAAAAAAUACCAAAGAAAUACCAAAUGCCGUACAUUAUCAUACGCGGCAAUCUAGCCUCCUACAGUCACAAAUAUCCAUGGCGUGUACUCGUCUCUGGAUUGAAAGCUGACGAUAUCGAGCAGUUGAACAAAUUUUCAUGUGGGGGCUACAGCGAUGAGUCGACGAUUGUCUAUUUAGUGCAUCCCUGUCGCAUUUUGUCAGCGCUAGAGAUUUUGGGCUUUCGUGUGGUUGCGAGUUCAUCGACGGCAGUGAAGCAGGAUUAUAACGAAUAUAUGUGGACGAUGCGCAAGGAGUUCGACGAACCCGAACCCGAGUCUGAAACUGUAUCCGUUGUCCGUGAAAAUCUAUCAAAUAUUGGUCGCGAGGCCGCCAGUUUAGGCAACUAUCACAAGGUUGAUUCGCCGGAGUAAAGAGAGCUGGUUUUUUUCCACUUUACUUUUUGUUUUGUUUUUUCUUUUUUUUGAUUUGCAAAACUCUCUUCAUUUACUCUCUCUCUAUAUAUAUUGUAUGUGUAUGCUUGUGUGUCGGUGUGAGUGUAUAAUUGUAUAGAAAAGAAAGAAAAAAAAAGCUAUAGCAACCCGAAACCAAAACUAAACCACAUAUAAAAGCAGAAAACUAGACCUUACUGCGACAGUCCACUUUC